CACAAGGCAAGAGAACACCACGUUGGGUUGUGUCACAUCAAUUCCGUUUUGCUGACACAACAUACAUCUCAACCUCGUCCACCAAACACACCACGCCAAAGAUGAGCCAGAAGUUAUUGGCGGAGCGGUUUGCAUCCGCGUGGGAGCGAUUCCCGAGAGGACUGAGGGGUGAUCCCACACGGGCAUACGAGCGGCUGCAGGUCUCCCUACCCUUUGAACAGGCUGCUGGAGUCGAUCCCGAUAGCGAGAAGCCUGAGAACGUCCUGCGAUGUGUCUGCAUCAGCGAUACACACUGCCGUGCAGCGGAAAUCGAGGCCAUGCCAAAAGGCGAUGUGCUAAUCCACGCUGGCGACUUUACAAGCUUGGGGCGCACGAAGCAGGUGGACGUAUUCUCGGAGUUCCUGAAGGGGCUGGACUUUCAACACAAGAUUGUCAUUGCGGGCAACCAUGACCUGUGCUUUGAUGACGACUACGAAGCGCUGAGCAAGCGGUUCGGUGUUCCUACCGCGGAGCUGGAGGCUGGACGGGAGGCACUGAACCACUGUACUUAUCUGCUGGACAGCUCCGUGGAGAUUCAAGGCGUGAAGUUCUAUGGCAGUCCGUGGCAGCCGUGGUUCUUUGACUGGGCGUUCAACCUCGAGCGAGGCGACCCGUGCACUGCAAAGUGGCAGGAGAUACCGGACGACACGGACGUACUCAUCACCCACGGGCCCCCCGUCGGCCACGGCGACCUGUGCACCAGCGGCCAGCGCGCCGGCUGUGUUGACCUCCUCCGCGAAAUUCAAACGCGCGUCAAGCCCAAGCUGCACGUCUUCGGACACAUUCACGAGGGGUACGGAACGACGACAGACGGGCAGACGGUGUUUGUGAACGCGUCCACGUGCACGUUCAACUACCGUCCCACCAACCCACCCCUCGUGUUCGAUGUCCCCAUUCCAGCACCUGUGCCAAGCACUAGCGACAGCUCGAGUGAGAAGAAAGCAGAGGAAUGACUGUUGACUGUUGACUGUUGACUCUUUGACUGUUGACUGUUAACUGUUGACUGCGCCCACGUGACUUGCAAGUGCUUGUGGUUGGUACGAAUACAUACUUGCACAUCCCAGCACGUGUUCAUAAUAAAAGAAAGAAAGAC